AUGACGUCUUCAUACAGAGCAGAUCUUGUUAAUAAAUAUUCUAAAUAUAUCAAAACAAUUCAUAAUCGAGUUGUUGAAGUUGAAUUUUAUUGGUUUCAAACAAAUCCAUGUCAAAGUUAUCGUUUAAGAAUCAAUGAAAAACAAUUUCUUGAAGCACAAAAACAUAUUCGUUCUAAAAAAUUAAUAAAUAUGAAAUUUGAACAAUUUGUUGAUUUAAUUGCACCGGUAUUUGCUAAUGAUGCAGCUGAAAUUAGUAUAUCUGUAUUACGUUUGACAUUCGAUCGUUUAUUUGAUCAAAAUUCAAAUGGUACAGUUGAACAACAAGAAUUUGAAGCACUUUUAAUAUUACUUCAAGGAUUUAAUACACAUAAACAAAGUUUAUUUAAUGAAAAUCUUCGUCAAAUAUUUCCCAGUCGAACUAAUCAUGUAUCAUUUAAAGGACUUACAACAUUUAUUUUAAGUAGUUUAAAUGAUUUCGGAUUAAAUAUUGUACAUAAAUUUGCUAAACAAGGUUGUAAUAUUAUUUUAAAUGGAAAACAAAAUGAUGAAAAUAUAAUUCAAACAAUUCAAAAUACAUAUGGAAAAAAUCAAAUUAUGUAUUUAUCAGAACAAAUUCAAAAUGAAAGAAAUAUAUAUAAAUUAGUUGAACAAAUAUUAAAUUCUUUUCAACAUAUUGAUAUUCUUAUUAUAAAUCAUGAAUGUAGACAACAUUAUAGAGCUUCGAUUGAAGAAUUUCCAAUUGAAAAAUGGAAAGAAAUUAUUGAUUGUAAUCUUACAAGAAAUUUUACUCUAGUUAAAACAUUAUGGCCUCAUAUGAAACGACAACAUUUUGGUAGAAUUAUUCAUAUUGCUAAUGAACACAGUCAAAUUGCAAGUGAAUAUCAAUCAGCAUGUAUUACUUCACAUCAUGCAUUAUUGGGAUUAAAUAAAGCAUUAUCGAUUGAAGGUGCUUCCUAUGGAAUUACUUCUAAUAUUAUUUGUCCAAGUUAUACACAAGCAAAUUUCUCUGAACAAUAUAAUCACAUAAAAACCAUAGCUGAUCUUGUCUUAUUUCUAUGUACUGAUCAAGCUCGUACAAUUACUGGGCAAUCGAUUCCAUGGAGUAAUUCAAUCUAA